CGGAGCUUUACAUUCGAAAGCCAACGAAACGUUUCACCGCUCAAAGGAAAAAUUACAAUAGAGCCACUGAAAAAAUAUAAGAUGAACCAUUUUUAUCAUACCCAGCUUCGUGAGCGAAUUCCUAGGUAUUCCAAUGCAUAAAAAAUGAUUACAUGAGAAUAACAGGCUUACGUAAGGUACAGAGAGCGAAGAGGGCUUACAAGAGGGUAAAAUUUCAGACUUUUAAUUAUAGGUACCAUUACUUAUCUUAUUAAUUGUUCAUAUGAAUUAUUUAUUCUCGUCAGUUUUCAGCGGAAAAUUAAUUUGCAUAGAAGUCUCACAACUUCGCAAAAUUGAAAAAAAAUCCAGCUCAUUCAUGAUUUAGCAUCCUAUUUCGCAAUAGAGAAUCUCAACUCUGGUUUCCUUCGAUUCAUUCGCGAUACAUCACCUGCUUAUCGCAAAACCGGAUAUUGAUAAUUUUUACAAUUUGUUCUGCGAUUAUGUACUCAAAACGUUUUUCUCUUCAUAUGUCAUUUUUAUUAAUAUGUUUCUCGAAGAAAAAAGUCUGACCUUUUCGAUGACGUAACGCGCAUUUCCCUAUCUUGUUUGGUUGAAAAGUUACAGGAGUUUGAAUUAUGAAAAACUACAGCAGAACAAAAUUCGGAUUUUUUUUCCAAACGAGCGUAAGUUUCUCUUUUAAUUCAAAAGGCCGCAAACAUACGUAGUUGUGAUCAGCAUAAGUUGCCUACUCAUCCAGUGAUAGGAGGUAGGUCACCUACGAAACACCGACUGUAAUUACAUCUUGUUCAAAACCAAUCCCAAUCACACAAUUGUCAGAUUUUUCUGGAACUUCCAACUGCUCCAACACGAUUUUCAAAUUCUCCGGAAAGCUGUGAAAAUUAAUUUGGACAGCUAAAACUUGAGUUGAUGACGUAUCCUUGAUUUUCUUUUCACAAGUUUAUUCGCAUUUGGGCUUAGCUUUGCAGUUUUGUUAGAUAUGUAUCUAGGUAAAAUUUUUCGGAUGGAAAUUCAAACAUUCAAAACUUUUCUGGAGGUUUCAGAACUCCUCAAAACAGUUCGAAACUGCUUCUAAUUGAUUCGGUAGCUCAAAAAUGGAGUAUAUAAGUACGAACGUUCAGCCUCCGCUUUUUCUUGACCACUUUCGUAUGUUCUUAAUUUUUCAAUAUCGGUCACUUUUGGGCAAAACAUUACAAUUUUCAAAAGAAUUCAAUAUUUUUCGGAAAUAUGUAUUUAGUUUUUGAUUUUUUUUUAGGAUAAACUAAAACGUGAAAAUCGGAAUACUGACUUUUGGGCCACUCUGUAGUCUGUACCUAUAGCAGAUAGCACGUUAAAACAUGUGCCAUGUGCUUCUUUUAUGUUAUCAUUUCAUCAUUCAAAACCGAUGAGUCAUUUAUGUACAUCUGUUUAUCUACUUCUAGUCCAAAUCUAGUCUUUCACCAUUCACGGUCGAUGCACCUAAAGCUCUUUAGAUGCACCUAGUUUUGAUAGUGCACAUUUGCCUUAUAUUUAAUUUGUUUCUUAAUUUUUCAUUCAAUUGUUGAUCUUUGUUUCUCAAUAGUCACUACUAGGGAGUACUGGAUAUUUAUUCUCAAAAAAGUGUUGAUUGUGAAACGUUGAAUUGCCUUCCGAAAAUGAUGAGUGUUUCCUGCACUAUUUGCCAAGACGACUUAUUUACCGGCGAGGAUGACAAAUCAGUCAGUUCUACAAUUUGCGGUCACGUCUACCACUCCCACUGUCUUUUCCAAUGGAUGGAAAGAUCAGAAACAUGCCCUCACUGCCGGACUGAUCUGGAAGACGAUGACGUAUUCAAGUUGAAUUUACUAAUUGAAAAAGCAUCUGCGGUCCCGAGAAUGGAAACAUUUGAACUUGAUGUGAUAAGAUAUCGUGUGGAAUAUUUACGUAUCGAAACGGAUUUAUGUAUAGCAGUGGAAAAAAACCAAGAAACUCGAGGAUCAAGUGCAAUGUCUUCUGCGCAGUGAAUCCAAUUUGAAAAAUGAAUUGGCUGCGAAAAAUAAGAAAUUGCUAAAAAUGAGAAAAGACUUUAAAACGGUGAAUUCAAUGAACGAGAAAUUGAAGAAAGAAAAUUAUGAAUUGGAGAAUAGUAUUGAAAAACACUUAGACGUUGAAGAUGAUUUAAAAGACAAGUUGGACGAAGAAACUGUAAUAUUGGAGAAUACGAAGGAAGAUUUGGACGAGGCGAACUUAGCUAAUAAGAAAUUGAAGAAAAAGAAUAUAGAAUUGGAGCGUAGUAUUGAACAACACUUGAAAGUUGAAGCUGAUUUAAAAAAGAAGUUGGACACGAUAACUAAAGCAUUUAAUGACAUGGAAUUUCUCGGCCAAACGGAGUUGUUUAUAUUGAGAGCCGAAAAACAGAAGUACGAAGUUGAUACUUUGAAAUCCAAGGAUACGAUUGAAAAAUUGAGGGCUGAAGUCUUACAUGAGCAACGAAAGAAUCAUUCAUUAUUGAAAAAAUUGAGUGAUCAAUCGAAAAGUAGUAUUGUCAGACAAAAUGAGAAGCUAAAAACCAAACUGAAAAAGAAAAACGAUGUAAUUAAGGUGGAAAUCGAAGAAUUGAAGAUUCGACAGAAGAAUUUGAAAAAAUUACUUACUAAACUGAAAAAUAAACAGAGUAGGUGCUGACUGAGUAAUGAAUGAAUAGCGUAUAACGUCAAAGAAUUCGAGGAAAGGAUCGAGAUGGCAUUUUUUGAUUUACGUUUAGAUUUCUUUUUUGUUUUUAUUGAGUACUUCAAGUUACUAGGUAUAAGAAAGGUGCGCGUUUCUAUUUUUUUUUUUUUUAAAUGAUUCUUUAAAAUUAUGCAACAUGUGAUACCAUCUUUUCAGUACAGUGUCAUGAAGUUUUGUAAUCGUUGAUUUUGUGGAACCAAAGAAAUACCAAAACUUAUGUUAAUUUAUUUGUACCUACCCUUACGGAAAAAAAAUAGUACUUUCUGAGUAGUAGUUUUU